GGUGUUUUUUCUGUUUACUAAACACCUGAUUGUUGUUUUGUGAGUUCCCUUUAAACCAGGGUUUAGUUUAGAUCAGAUCAGAUCAGCCAUUGCUCAGUCUAUGCAGAUGUGUGUGUGUGUGUGUGUGUUAUAAACCUUACACCAUGUUUAGUAGGUCUGAUGCAUUAGAAGUGGCUCUUGUGCCUGAUAGUGGUUUAUGUUCCCCUGUGGAGCUCACUGUUAAAGCCAGAGGAGCUGCUGGAGGAUCACUGCUCUGCUGUCUGAAUGUUGAUGGCAAGCUGAUGAUCUGUGAUGUUUGUGAACCUGGUGCUCCAGUUCAUCUGCCUGAAGACUCUUACACAGACUUUCUCUGGGAGGUGAUCACUGAGCAGAACAAAGUAUACAAGCCCAGACUCCUGACUCUGAGACCAGUCUGUGAUCUUCGACUUCAUGAGAUCGAUUCAGACAGACAGGUGACAUCGGUGGCCGAGUGCGCUACAGACCGACUCCUGCAGCUUGUCAAUAAGGACUCAAAUGGGAGUAAACUGGCCUCUAUAAAACUACUGUCGUUCACUGAUGGUCUCUGUCACCUCCUACUGAAUGGAUGUGUCCUGGUACAUCUUCGGUGGCACGAGGGUUCUUCUGAGCCAGAGCUUCUGACUUCCUGUGUCCUCAAUCUGCCUUCUGAAUCUCAGGAAAUGUUCACAGACUACCAGCUCUGCAAAGGCAUUCUGUUCGUGCUGACGGGCCCCGGAUUCAUAUAUGUCUUUGACAGUGCAGAUGGGAAGCACGUUGCUACAGUGGAUCUUCCUGCUUACUACGUGUCAGGACAGCGAGACGCAGAGCCGGUCGAAUCUCUGUCUUCAUUCUGCCUUCUCCACAUCUCACCGGACCUCAGCACGGUCGUGGCCGUGACGAGACGAAACCAAGCCCUGGCUGUCGAUCUCAAUGAUUAUUUCAGGAUUUACACAAACCAUUUGCACUCUCAGCCGGACUCCAGACCUCUUGCUCUUAUACCCACAAAGCCUUGCGAUCAGGACAGCAUUAACAGCUCAGCUUACAGUCAGUCUGUACUAGGAACCCACUUCCAAAGUGAUCAGUCAUGGGAGGCAAGGCUGGCAUUGCUCUAUAAACAAGCAAAAGCUCCAGCUCCUUUAGCUCCAAGGCUUCCGUGGUACAAAGACCUCCCUCGCUCCGAAUGCCGCCAAGCCGCUGUCACCGCGAAGCUCGGUCGGUCCACUCUACCACCAGGAGGUGCUGUUAUGUCGUUCUCUCUGCCCGAACGGACCGCGCUGACCCUGUUGAACGUCUCCGAAUGUUCGGCGGUGCUCAGUUUUACCUCACCUGGUAACCGUAGCACAUCCCUGGUCUACUGGGACCUCGAGACUCUGAGCGUUAUGUAUCAUCACAUUGAUGUGCCAGCCUUACCCGUCUGCUGGUCAGAAGAGGAACACCUUUCUUUGAUACUAAAAGCAUCCGGCAUGUCUCUGGUGCUGUUCAAGGUGUCUCAGGAGGAACUGCUGAACAGACUGAUGGUGUUCGGAAGUGCCGGGAUGGUGGACUCGCUGUGCCAUCUUAAUGCUUGGGGACGCUGUUCGAUGCCCAUCCAUUCCUUGCAGGCAGGACUAAAGAACCGGCAACUGGACAUGGUAGAUUUCUUCCUGAAGAGUAAGGAGAAUAUUCUCUGCCCAACCACGAGCUACAGCCUUCCUGAGCAGACAUCCACCUCCACACAGAUGCAGCUGAACAACGUUCAGGACCUGCGUCCAGCAUUGGAUCUGCUUCAGAGUGCGAUCAGAGACACGUACGCCGAGGCUCAGAGUCGACAGUUCUGUGAACAGCUGCUCAGCAUCACUCUAAACUUCCUCAACACACAAAUCCGAGCCAUCCUAACCAACACUCCAGAGUUGGAUGCUAACUUGCACGAGUGUGUGAAGAUCUUGAACUGUUAUAUCUCUGAACUACGUACCUAUCUGAGGAAGUACCCGUGGUCGGAGGGGGUCGAGAGUCUGACUCCUGCGUCAGACGCUCUUCCUGGUACGGCCAUCGAGGAUGAGUUUGAAAUGCGCUCUGUUCAGGAGAUCGUCCGGUGUGCGGUGUUAAGCCGGGAGCUCCCACGUGCGCAGGCAUAUCUGCGCAGACGCAAUUGUCCAGAGCAGAAGUUGGAGGAACUGAGGAACACCGGCUUGAGACUAGCUUUCACCUGUCUCACACAGCGAGACCUGGAGCAGGCCACGACACUGUUCACUAACAUGGGAUUUAAUGUGAAAGAGCAGCUUUACAAUAUUUGCGUUUUCACGGCUGAUCGGGAGCUCAGGGCCUUUAUGGUGGAAGUGUUGCAAAGACUUAAUCAUCUGUCGAGCGAGGACCUGCAAAGAGUGGAGUUCAUUAAACAGAUUGAACAUUUGUGCUCCAGACCAGCAACGAGAUGCUCUAAGCCUUUCGACCAGAAGAGGGUUGUUCAAAAAAGACCGUUGGAAGCCGAGGGCAGAAACCUGCUACAGGGGAUACUUCACGACCCUUCGUCUUGCUCCGUCCAGUCUCUGAUCGGCUCGGUACGCUUGGACUGGGUCAGGCUCUGGGAUAACGAGACACAACAAUCUGUGCUGCUCUCCCGACUCCCAGACCACCUGUUGGAUUCCUGCGAUCCAGCUGUGCUGUGGUCUUACCUCACCUCCCUACAUGACCAGGACAGAGUUACCACAUGGCUGACGCAAGGCCGCGAGAGCGCUGCUGCCUCCAAGUGGCCGGCUCUCAGCGCUGCCGUUGUGGAUGGAAACACUCACUGUAGUGAUUAUAUGAAAGACCAAAUCCUGGACAUGCUCGCCAGACAAGAGAUGUUCGUGCAGUCCGAGAUGUCCGACUUUGAGCAGUUGUUGUGGAGGUUAGGUCAAGCCAGAGGUGUCAUGCGAGACAUCGACCGCCCUCCUGUCCCACACUUCUGUACCUCCAAAGGACAAGACUUCCACACAUGCUUUAUUCAGCAUUGUCUGGAGAACAACCUACAUUAUCUGCUCUAUACCUACCUGCAGCAUUACAGGUUGACUCCCAGUAACUGCCCUGCAGUCGGAGACAGAGGAUUGUAUGAGAGUUACCCCUGGUUUGAGAUGAUGGUCAAACUGCAGAGCAUUACACAAGAUCUCAAAAAUCCAGAGCGAGUGUUCCAGGCGAGUCUGACGAGUGCUCAGGUGCUGUUACCUGGCAGUCGGGCCAGUGUUAGCAGCAUGUUGCUGGAGGGUCACAGCCUUCUUGCUCUCUCCACUAUAAUGUUUGCGCCUGGGGGCAUCGAUGGGGUGGUGAAAGAGGGCGAUAAAUGUCAGGACGUCCUCUCUAGAGUGGACCCACAGCUCCUCAGGAUGGCUCUGAGUGCAUAUCCCAAACUCAAAGCGGCUCUUUUCCCCCAGACCGGCCCAAGAGUUCCCUCAGUUUGUGACGUAUCUAUUUACCACCUCAUGCAGUCAUUGCAUCCGCUGGAUCCGUCCAGACUUUUUGGGUGGCAGUCUGCUAACACGUUAUGCACUGCAGAAACAUCAGCAGAGCUUCCUCAUUUCUCCAGCCCCCACCUAGUUAAUAAGUACGCACUCAUUGAGAACCUGGACUUUUUAUACUAUCUCCAACACGGCAGACCUUCCUUCGCUUAUGGAAUUUUCGUUAUUCAGCAUCUGGCCGAUUCCAGCAGCGUCAAGCUACAGCUGAGUUUGGCUGUGGAACAAACGUACACGCUGGGACUCCUGAAUUUCAGCUCUCCAUCUAUAACUGCAGCGUGUGUAUGUUUCUGUGAGUUAUUGGGUGUUUGCAGUCUGAAAUUAAGGGUGGACCUGAAGGCUCUCAAUCUCAUCCUCAAGCUCUGGAGCCAGAACUGUGAAGAAAGCGGCGUGUCCUCACUUAAACAGUCCCUGGUGGACAAGGUAAAUAAGGUGGUAGCAUCUGAGAGACAGACUCUAGAGGAAAUACUGUUGCAUCUGGAAGGAGCAGUGAGGGAUGCGGUGGAGAACAGGGGCAUCGGCAGGGCUUCCUAUGAGGCAGGACAAGAGUGGGCGCUCCCUGUUCAGUUUUGCCACCUACAUGAUUUACCCCUGAGUACCCAGUACCUGCAGGUCUGUGCCACCGAUGGCCAAUGGCUUAACUUCCUGCUGUUCGUACAGAUCCACAACUACCCUCCACAACAGGUGAGAUAUGUAGCAGCCCAAUUCAGCCCAGGUCUCAAGGCUCACCUUUUCCUGGCCUUCCAGGACCUUCAGCUUGUGCACUCUCAACAAGUUGUGAAAAGCCCAAGAGACUCCAUGUGCUCACUGAUGAAAGAGGAAAGCUCAGAAGGCUCCAAGGAUCUGUUCCAGGUCCUGUUCCAGAGUCAGGAGCAGCCUAGCCCCUGGCAGUACCUGCUGGCUAAAGCCUUUACACUGCAUUGUCCACCACUUACAGUGCUUGCUGCUUGUCACCAGGAGGCCGAGCUACUACAGUGCCUGUGUGUAUGGAUCCUGACUUCCGUCGACGACGACGUCGCCCAGGAAGCCACCUCUCACUUGAUGGAAAGUCCUGGCCACCACACUUGGAACCUUCAUGACCUGUCAAUCCUAUGGAAGACCCUCCUACAGAAGUGCAAGAUCAGACCUCUGAUUCGUGGCUUCCAGCUGUUUCAAAGGGAAUCUCCCCUCAUCCACAUGCUGCAGAUGUAUGAGCUCUGUUACGACUACAAAAACUAUCGAGGGGCUAAAGACAAGUUAAAGGAGUUCCAGAAAUGUCUGCUUAAACUGAGGAGCAGCGGUAGCGUCCUGGGAUCGGAGUGUUUCCCAGUUCAGUGGGUGGAAGCCCAGGCCUCAGUGCUGCUCCUCACAUUGUUACAGCAAUGCAGCACACAGUAUGAGCUGUGCAGGCUGCUGCAGCUACUAUCUGAUAUGGAGCAUAUGCUUAAAUCUAACGGGCCUGACUUUAAAAAGCUGAGCCAGUUGAGCCAAAUCCUGGCUGAUACCCCCGUGCCUCUGUCCCCAUGCCUUCUGGAGAACUAUACCACUAAGAACCUGCAGAGGGAGUGCCAGAGAAUGCUGGAGGAACUGCAGGACCUUGCUCUAUUCUGUCAGGCUAGGAAAGUGGCUGAGCUGGCAGGGCUGCCUAGUGACCGCCUGAUAAUAAAUGAGCUGUUGAGGGAUCUAAAGCUGUUGAAGGCAACACGUCAGUGGGAAAGACAGGAGACGCGUCUGGCCUUCUGGACGAAAUGUCAGGAGCAGUUUAAGGCGGACUGCAUUGGAGCAGAGUCGGCCUGCCAGUUUUUUCUGUCCCAAGCAGAGUGUCCUUUUCAGAGAGACACAGACCUACUUCAGAUACAGGAGCGAUGCCUUCUGCUGGCUUUAGCUGCUCAUUGGCUUUGCCAGCGCUGCCCCCCUGCACUGGAACGUUUAGCCGAGCUGGAGAAGCGGCAGUGGGAAUGGCGAAUCCGCCGGAUGGUCCUCACCACAGCCCUGGAGCAGCAGAGCUUGUUCACUCCAGCGACUGGACCGGAUGCCUUCGACGCCCUCCUCAAAGAAUACUCCUUUUCCAAAAUGGCCAUCUUGGAUGAUCAAGCAUAUCUGAACAUUGACAGUCUACCAACGACAGAGGAGAUUUGCUCGCUAGAAGAGGAGGACCGGAAGGCACUGUCCACUCUUAUUGGUCAACUGUUGGACGAGGGAAGCGUUCACGAAGCGAGUCGAGUGUGUCGAUAUUUUGAGCUGAUGCACAGAGAUGUAUGGCUGGUGUUACAGUGCCGGGGUUUGGCCUGUGGAGAAAUCCAGCCGGGACUGCAGGACCUUCUCGGCUCUGACCAAGAGUACAGGAGAAGCUUGCCUACCUGCUCCAGCACAGGAAGCCUGUCCUCUUUUGUGGUGGUUUCCUCACCUGAAGACCAGGUUCUCUCCCAGCUUCAGCUCUUAGUAGACCAGUGCCAUCAUGGCAAGAGCUACUGCAAGCAGGUCCUUAGUCUCUACGAGCUCUCCAAGGAGCUGCGUUGUUCCUACCGUGAGAUCUCCUCUGAGGAGCCAGAGGUUGUGCUACGGAAAGUUCUCUUGUCCCAGCAGCCUGAACGCUUCAAGAAAGCACAGGCUUUUAUUAGUGUGCAGGGCUUACAGCCUGACUCUGUAGCUCAGCUCAUUACCUCCACAGUGUUGGAUGGAUUACAGGCCUCCUCACAGGACAGAGAGACUGCAGAGAGGCUUAUAUACAGUCCUUCUGAAGGUAAAGACGCCUUCUUGCAACUGGCUAAACUGUGUGGUGACCCCAACUUGGUGGGCAUCAAGUUACUGGACAUCAUCCCUACAGUCUCGCUGCAGGAACUGAGAUGCACUGUGGAGCUGCUUAUCCUGGCACAUGACUGCUUCAGUCUCACCUGUAACAUGGAGGGCAUCGUCAAGGUCUUACAAGCAGCCAGACACCUCAGCCACACACACCUGGCCCAUGGGGAGAGAUACGGACUGCUGGUCCGAUUAUUGACCGGUAUCGGGAGAUACAACGAAAUGACGUACGUCUUUGACCUUCUGAACCAGAACCAUCGUUUUGAGAUGCUGCUGAGAAAGAAAGUGGAGUCGAACACCAGAUUAAAGACCGCACUACUGGAUUACAUUAAGCGCUGUCUGCCGGGUGACAGUGAAAAAUACAACAUGGUGGCUCUUUGUUUUAGCAUGCGCAGAGAGAUCGGGGAGAAUCACGAAGGAGCUGCAAGGACACAGCUGAAACUUAUCGAGUCUCAGCCAUGGGCUGUUACCCCGGAGCUCAAAACUGGCUUAGAGAAGGUCCUGUUCUUGCUGAAAGAUGCUGCAGAAAGUUAUUCAAAGGACUCCUGUAUGCGACAGGCAUUGAGGUGUGUAAAAAUGGCCAAACUCGUCGCUCUGCAGCUUCACUUCCUCAGUCACGGACAGGACCUUCGUGUGGUGAACCUCCGGCCAUCAGAACUACUCAGUGCCGUGAUGUCUCUCCCACGGUGUUAUCAGACGUUUAUAGUCGCCGAAGCGUACGAUCACAGUCCGGACUGGGCCGAGAUUCUUUAUCAGAAGGUGAUUCUGAAAGGUGAUUUUUCUUACCUGGAAGAGUUUAAGCUGCAAAGACAACUUCCUGUCAGCCUGUUUGAAGAAAUCUCUAAAAAGCUGAUCGUUAACAAGCCGCCGAACGCCGUGAGUCAGAACCUGAAGAAGCUGCUGCAGAAUUGUGAAAAUGUCUACACCCACUACAAACUGGCCUACGAUCAUAACUUCCGCGAUGUCGCCAACACUCUUCUACAGGACUCCAAAACGAGCAGUUACCUUAACGACCGACUGAGCAGCUGAUUCACUUCAUCUCAACCAAACUUCAGCAGUAUUUUUUCAGCCUUAAUAUAACUUUAUGAAUGAAUUAUAUAAUAUUAUGGAUCUGAAGAUAAAUGUACAUGUGUAUAAGUGAUUAAAUCUAACGUCGCUCAUUUA